AGUGAUCUUGUCCUAUUGUCCAUUCCUUGCAAUCUUCCAUUGUUAAGCCUUUUUUUGUCACGCCUCGUGCCAGGGACAAUAAAGAACGUUCCCCCUCCAGACAAUCCGCGGUCACUCAUUUCAUUGAGACUGUCCUUUCAACAAUAAAAGCUCUUGCUCAGCCAUUACCACCGUCCUUGUUCUCUGAUCCGUCUGGUACGAUCAGAACUUGACAUCUCAUUCUCUUCAACUGUCAAACAGUAUCUCAUUUUUUUGCGAAUCUCGCCAACUGCACCAAUAAAAAAACAAACAAAAAAUACAAUCGGCAGAAUGUUUUACAAGACUGGUCUUACCGCCGUUCUGCUCGGCGCUUCCGCCGCCAAUGCUCACAUGAUCAUGGCCAAGCCCGCUCCCUACGGCGCGGCCACCCUCAACAACUCGCCUUUGCUGGCCGAUGGCAGUGACUUCCCCUGCAAGCAGCGCAGCGGUGUCUACGAUGCCCCCGAUGAGGAGACCACCGCCAAGAUCGGCCAGUCCAUGCCCCUGAGCUUCACCGGUACCGCUGUCCACGGCGGUGGUUCCUGCCAGGUCAGUCUGACCAAGGACCUCAAGCCCACCAAGGACUCCGAGUGGAUGGUCAUCAAGUCCAUCGAGGGCGGCUGCCCCGCCAACGUGGAUGGCAACCUCCCCGAGGGCGGCGCCGGCCCCGAAAGCUCGCUGUCCUACAAGAUCCCUGAGGGUAUCGAAGAGGGCAAGUACACUCUCGCCUGGACCUGGUUCAACCGCGUCGGCAACCGUGAGAUGUACAUGAACUGCGCCCCCAUCACCGUCGAGGGCGGCAGCUCCUCCAAGCGCGAUGUCCAGGAGAAGCGCGACGUCGAGAAGCGCUCUGCCAACUUCCCCGCCAUGUUCGUCGCCAACGUCAACGGCUGCACCACCCAGGAGAGCGUCGACAUCCGCUUCCCCAACCCCGGUGAAUAUGUCGACCGUGUCGGCAGCGCCAGCAACCUCGCGUCCGAUGGCGACGACGCUUGCAGCGGCACUCCUUCCUUCGCCGGCGCUGGCACCAAGAAGGGCUCUUCCAGCUCUGGUGGUUCCAGCGGUGGCUCCUCCGACUCCGGCAGCGCUCCUGAGCCCACCAAGCCCAGCGGCGGUGCGACCGAGGCUCCCGCUCCUGGCGUCUUUGCUCCCACCGACUCUGCCACGAGCAGCCCUACCGCCCCCGCUGAGCCCGCCGAGCCCGCCGAGCCCACCGAGCCCGCUCAGCCCGAGCCUUCCGCCACGACCCCUCCCGCCAAGGGCUCCUCCGAGGGCAGCCUGACCGGCGCCUGCGACGAGGAGGGUCUCUGGAACUGCGUCGACGGCUCCUCCUUCCAGCGCUGCGCCUCCGGUCAGUGGUCGGAAGUGCAGCCCAUGGCCGCCGGCACCCAGUGCGAGGCCGGGCAGACUCAGAACCUGUCCGUGACGGCCCUCAAGCCCCGGAUGCUCUCCGCGAUGCGUCACGCCCGACGUGCUCAUGGAGGCCACCACGCCUAAGCGUCCACCUCUUAUCUCUCUUCCCUCCUCUCUCUCCCGCCGGUCGGGAGAACGAGGGGGAGAGAGGAGUCAACUUGGCCUUUUUGACGACGUCUUGAGUUCUUCGUUCCCUGUCGCGGGGCAUCGGGCCGGCUUUGUGAGGGACUUUUCUUGAAUUUCAUUCUCUUCUGUAUGUACAUUUUUAUCUAGCCGUGUGAUCUUUGGGGAUGGAAUAGGAAGAGAAUAGAUCUGGAGUGAACAUCAUCAAUA